GGUGCUGAGCCUGCAGCUGUUCCCGCGUCCUCUUCCUGCUCCCCGUCCCCCCUUCACCCCUACCCUGCAUCCCUUUCCCCAUCCCGGCUCCGUCACCCUCCCGUCCCCCACACUCAGGACGAGAAUGCCCUGUCCGGAACAACCCAGCAGCGCCUAGAUGGCUUUGGUCACGGUCCAGCGGCCGCCUACCCCCAGCACCGCCUAGCCCUGCGCCUCAGAGGCAGACAGUGGAGAGGAGGAAUGCGGAUCACAGCCCAGGAGCAUCAGCGGGAGCUUUCUAACUGUCAAAGGUGCUGCCCUUUUUCUACCACGGGGAAAUGGCUCAUCCACACCAAGAAUCAGCCACAGGCGCAACAAGCAUGCAGGCGAUCUCCAACAGCAUCUCCAAGCAAUGUUCAUAUUACUCCGCCCAGAAGACAAUAUCAGGCUGGCUGUAAGACUGGAAAGUACUUACCAGAAUCGAACACGCUAUAUGGUAGUGGUUUCAACUAAUGGUAGACAAGACACUGAAGAAAGCAUCGUCCUAGGAAUGGAUUUCUCCUCUAAUGACAGUAGCACUUGUACCAUGGGCUUAGUCCUGCCUCUCUGGAGUGACACUCUAAUUCAUUUGGAUGGUGAUGGUGGGUUCAGUGUAUCAACAGAUAACAGAGUUCACAUAUUCAAACCUGUAUCUGUGCCGGCAAUGUGGUCUGCCCUACAGAGUUUACACAAGGCUUGUGAAGUGCCCAGAAUGCAUAACUACUACCCAGGCAGCCUCUUUCUCACCUGGGUGAGUUAUUAGGAGAGCCAUAUCAACUCAGAUCAAUCCUCAGUCAAUGAAUGGAAUGCUAUGCAGGAUGUGCAGUCCCAUCGGCCCGACUCGCCAACUGUCUUCACCGACAUACCAACUGAACGUGAGCGAACAGAAAGGCUAAUUAAAACCAAAUUAAAGGAGAUUAUGAUGCAGAAGGAUUUGGAGAACAUUACAUCUAAAGAGAUCCGAACAGAGUUGGAAAUGCAAAUGGUGUGCAACUUGCGGGAAAUCAAGGAAUUUAUAGAUAAUGAAAUGAUAGUGAUCCUUGGUCAGAUGGAUAGCCCUACACAAAUAUUUGAGCAUGUGUUCUUGGGCUCAGAAUGGAAUGCCUCCAACUUGGAGGACUUACAGAACCGAGGAGUGCAGUAUAUCUUGAAUGUCACUCGAGAGAUAGAUAACUUCUUCCCAGGAGUCUUUGAGUAUCAUAACAUCCGGGUAUAUGAUGAAGAGGCAACAGACCUACUGGCUUACUGGAAUGACACUUACAAAUUCAUCUCUAAAGCAAAGAAACACAGUUCUAAAUGCCUUGUGCACUGCAAGAUGGGGGUGAGUCGCUCAGCCUCCACAGUGAUUGCCUAUGCAAUGAAGGAAUGUGGCUGGAAUCUGGACCGAGCCUAUGACUACGUGAAGGAAAGGCGAACAGUGACCAAGCCCAACCCCAGCUUCAUGAGACAACUGGAAGAAUACCAAGGGAUCUUGCUGGCAAGCCUGGAAGUGGAGGGUGACUGGCCCUGGCUCCUGCUAUGAAAAGAGAACCAGCCUCAUUUUCUCAAUGCCCCAGAGAUCUAGGACAGGAUUUCUAAACUGGAACCAUCCCUGAUCAGCUUGAAGAUCCCCCAAGAGGUAUAAGACUGGUGCUGCCAUCUGUGUCCUCACAGUGAUGCUAGUGGCAGCAUCGUGUGUACACAUGCAGAGCCAUUACCCAGGGCUUAACGAGCUGAUGACCCAAACUGAAAACUGGGUAAUGCCCUGAAGUGUUUCCCAAUCAAUAAGCCCACAGGGAAUUGUUUGGUUUUUAUGUUUUGUUGGAUUUUGGUUUGCUUGGCAUAGCUAAAGGUGCUUUUAUUUUUUUCUUUCUAUUUUGUACGACUUGUUCUAAACAUGGAAAACAAGUCCAGAAGACUCUCCUUCUGACUGUUACCUUUGCCCCAAACCACCCUAGAAUUUUAUGUUCACAUUUUAUUAAAUAAAGCAGGUGCUCUCUGGAAUCUCUGGGACCUUUUUGAGGCAUUUGAAGCAGAAUAUAAAGAGUGGUCUCAUCUCCUUCCUUAAUCUUCCUGGUGGUUGGGAUAUUCCACUUGUAUCAUAGAUUUUUUUAUUACUGAUGUGCUCCGCUGUUUUUAAAUGUGAACUUGUGCGCAAAUGUGCAGAUUCAAUGUUCUUAUUACAGAUUGAAUAAAUUUUUAUUUUGAAGAU